AUGAGGUACUGCGUCCUAUGCGGAAUCCCCAUCACCCGAUUACCCAAUGAACCAUGGCUUCAGGAAUUCAGAGCCGUGUGGGUCGAGGCCACGCACUGGGACGACGUCAAGCUGUCCGGGGUCGGCAUUUGUAAUGAACUUGACCAGGUUGGCGUUGACUCAGUUCCGAGACACGCCGACAAGCGCUACGACGACCCUCUCGGCCCAGGACCCAUGAUUGACGUCGAGCUGCGGAUAUUCCAACUUGAGCACCUGAUUCCUCCAGAGUACCGCGUCAGAGAGCCACAGGCGUUUUGGGGAUGGGCAUUUCACUCAUCCUGCUGGGACCUACUCAAUCAAACAUUUACGCCGGAUUUGAAUCUCCUUUUCGGGGCCUUUCUUUCAGUCCCCAUUGGCUUGGACGGUAUCAUCAAUUGGGGUCAUACCUAUGGGGGAGCCGCGACAUUUCGUCAUAGAGGCUCGGUAUCGACCCUCAUAAGUUGCUUUCCCGACUUUUUUUACAUCCCUCCAGACUUCCGAUCGGAUCCUUUAUACCUCCCUGGUCUUACAGAUGCCAUCAAGAAUGACCUUCACCUCCAGGAUGACCCUUCUCAGUGCCGCCUUGCAAUUGCCAAUCACUCUUUAGAGAAGGACAUAUUCUCCCGCCUAGCCCCUGAGCUCCUUGAACAGAUCCUCACCCUCCUCCCCACUCCCGAUGUGCAUUCCCUACGCCUUGCGUCCCUGGUCUUUGCCACGCUGAACUUGUCAGCAACGUUUUGGGCAUCACGGUUCCGGCAGGGUAACCAAUUUGAACACAUAACCGAGGUUUCUCACAACCCUCCAAAAUCUUGGAAGCUGCUAUAUCUUACCGUUCGAGCUUUGAGUCGCGAUAAUCCAAACAUGGCCAGUCGAAGACGCGUCUGGAAGCUUAUCAAGUGCCUGCAAACAACGGUUUCCCAGAUGGUGAAUACCCCUUGCAAUGGGUCCCCGUUGGACAGUUGGUUCGAGUCUUUCAUGCCAGCUGAGUCUUCAAAAGAAGAAGGCUUUUGGCAAACGGCAAAGCGCGGAAUCAUUGACCCAGAGGCGAGGUUUCACCGUGGAUGUCGAGUCUUGCGAGUCCGGACUCUUCAUACCUCGCAGCCGCUUCGAGUCCAGUGCGUGUCUGUAUCUCUCGUUCGCACAGGGAUGGGUGUCUUUGUGUCUGGUCUCAUAUUCAUCUACCAAGAUGGAAAGCAAGAUGCUCUAGGAUACAUACACCAAGAUCAAACCGUCCCCAUCCGAUUUUCCACCCCCCAGCGUAUACAAGGAUGGCAACUGGCUCUCGAUACGUCAGGUAUCAGGUCGAUCGCCGUCGUUACUGAGGAUGGGGCAAUUUCUCCCUGGGCAGGGGAACCCGAAAACUUUCCCAAGUGGCACUUGGCCGAGGACGAAGGCAUUACUGCGGUCCGCGCAGAAUUCGACGCCUUCAAAAUGGUUUCACUCAGCCGGAAUAAGCCUCGGGACCUCCCGAGUAAGCAUGAAUGGCGAAACAGCCGUCUCUGGUACAAUGUACCACCAGAUCACCUGUUGUUCGACGGAAACGACGACUAUCACUCACAAGAUUCUUCCGGCCCGAUCAUCUGGACUGUCUUAUUUGGUGGACCCGAAGGCCGUUUCAUCUCAAGUCUAGUCGAGAUUGCCAUUUGGACCUUCAAUGGUGCAUACAUCGGGAAAAUGGAAUUUCUCUACGCCGAUCCCUCGAUGAACCAACAUCUAGGCGACAUGGAGCCCGCUGGGAGCAUCCCCCUAAGAGAACAGAGAGACAGUUACCAAAGAACCUCGAUGGCGAUUGACAGCACUGGGGGCGAGGAGCUAGUAGGUAUCGAGGUCAAGGAGAUGUCGGGCUAUGUAAUAGGGUUGAAGCUCCGAACAAAUUUCGGCCGAGAGGUCACAUCCCCUCAGCAUCUCAUGUCAAACAGGAUCAGAUGGAGGGCAAUUAAACCAACCGGCUCAAAAGUUGUCGGCCUAUUUUCUACCCAUAGCCACAUAUUUCAAAGUCUUGGCCUAAUAUCGACAUCCCUAGGCGUGGAGGGUGACUGA